UGUGUUGUCAGGUUCCUAUAAGGUGUCAGGAUGUCGUUGUCUAUUUCUCCAUAGAGGAGUGGGAGUAUUUAGAAGGACACAAGGAUCUGUACAAGGAUGUCAUGAUGGAGAAUCACCAGCCCCUCACACCACCAGAUGGAUCCAGUCAGAGAAAUCCACCAGAGAGAUGUCCCAGUCCUCUGUAUUCCCAGGACUGUCCAGAGGAGAAACCAAAUAUCCCACUGGAUCAUCAGGAAAGUUCUGGAGGAACGAUGAGUGGAUUUGAAGAACCCAUAUCAGUGUCUGUGAAUGGUAAGGACAUUUUUGAUGGAUAUCUCCUUUUAUCCAAAGAAGAAAACAGUAUCACACAAGUUAAUUCAGUAUCUCCUAAUGCAGCCCAUAACAGUAGAGAUCUAUCCACCUAUAACGCUGGUCACAAGAAACUUUGGUCUAAUCAAUUACUGACUGGGAAAACAAGAACAGGACAUGGGAAGAUAUUAUAUGACAAACACUUUAGAAAGAAAUCUAAUCGAUCUUUACAUGAAAGGCCAUUUUUAUGUUCACAAUGUGGGAGGUGUUUUAACAGGAAAUCAAAUCUUGUGGAACAUCAAAGAACCCACACAGGAGAGAAGCCAUUUUCAUGUUCAGAAUGUGGGAAAUGUUUUGGCCAGAAAUCAGUUCUUGUUAAACAUCGGAGAACUCACACAGGAGAGAAGCCAUUUUCAUGUCCUGAAUGUGGAAAGUAUUUUAGUCAGAAAUCAAAUCUUAGGGAACAUCAAAGAAUUCACACAGGGGAAAAGCCAUUUUCAUGUUCCGAAUGUGGUCAAUCUUUUAGCCAAAAAUCAGGUCUUGUUAAACAUCAUCUGAGAACUCACACAGGAGAGAAGCCGUUUUCAUGCACUGAAUGUGGUAAAUGUUUUAGUCGAAAAUCAUAUCUUGUGGAUCAUCUACGAAUCCACACAGGGGAGAAGCCAUUUUCAUGUUCAGAGUGUGGGAAAUGUUUUAGUCAGAAAUCUAAUCUUGUGGAACAUUUACGAAUUCACACAGGAGAGAAGCCGUUUUCAUGUUCAGAAUGUGGGAAAUGUUUUGGGCACAAAUCGGGUCUUGUUAAACAUCAGAGAAUGCACAGAGGAGAGAAGCCAUUUUCUUGUUCAGUGUGUGGGAGGUGUUUUAGUCAAAGAUCAUUUCUUGUGAAACAUCAGAGAAUCCACACAGGAGAGAAGCCGUUUUCAUGUUCAGAAUGUGGGAAAUGUUUUAGACAGAAAUCGGUUCUUGUUAAACAUCAUCUGAGAACACACAGAGGGGAGAAACCAUUUUCUUGUCCUGAAUGUGGGAAAUAUUUUGGUCAGAAAUCAAAUCUUGUGGAACAUCUACGGAUCCACACAGGAGAGAAGCCAUUUUCUUGUUCAGAAUGUGGGAAAUGUUUUGGCCAAAAAUCUGUUCUUGUUAAGCAUAGGCGAACUCACACAGGGGAGAAGCCAUAUUCAUGUUCUGAAUGUGGGAAAUGUUUUAGUAGGAAAUCAUAUCUUACAGAACAUCUAAGAACUCACACAGGAGAGAAGCCGUUUUCAUGUUCAGAAUGUGGGAAAUGUUUUAGACAGAAAUCAGGUCUUGUUAAACAUCGAAGAAGUCACAUAGAGGAAAUAUAAGAACAGGUGUGGUGCUUCAUUGUUAGACCUGCUGCCUAAGGAUCCCUUCUGAUGAAUUCUCUAACCUAUUCAGAACCUGUGCUGUAACAGGAUGGUGUUUUAAAGGAUUUAUUCUGCUAUAUAUAUUGAUGUCCUGUCCUCUGGAUAGGUCUUCAAUAUUAGAUUGGUGGGUGCCCAACACCAGGGACCCCUGGAGACCAGCUUUUGAAAGAGGCCAGCACUUCGUGAGCGCCGCAGCC